AUGGCUCCUUCCUCGGGAGGCGCUGUGGGUGCUGAGCGGAAAAGGAUGAUGGAUUUGGCGGCCAUGGAGGCCGCGACGUCGAGUACUCAGCUGACCCUACCUGUCAGCUACAGAAAGUUCAGGGGAGUUGCGCCGCGCAACUAUGUUCUCAAAGCUAUGCUUGAGGGUGAGCAUGCUUCUAUCGAAGACUUCCUGGAAAGGCUCAAUGAGGAUGCCAGUGCAGUUGUGGGAUCGGCUGUGCUUGUGGAUGAGCUCUUUCGUGUACGUGAAGCCCUCGUUCUUCUCUGGACCGAGCAGCUGACAAAGCGGUGUGAUGGCGACCCCCCUUGGGUGGAGCGCCUCCAGGCGAUGGGACAUUUCCCAAGCACUACCCUGUGGUUUGCUGACGGGGACUUUGGCCUUGCUCCGGCGGAGGCCUAUCGCGAUGCAAGUGUCCAGCAGCAGCGGGGCAGCCGGGAGCAAGUGGCAGCAGCGCUGCCGCCUUCUGGUGGGCGACCUGGUGCUGGUGCGGACGCUGAGCUGGUGACGCAGCCGGCUGCUGGCGAGAUUGAGGAGGAUGCGGAGCUGGCUGGGCCUCCCGAAGUGGAGGCGACCAACCAUGGCGACGCUGCUCUUCCUUGGCAGCCGGACAAAGAGCCACCUAGCCCGGCCUCUCCCUGCCUCCUUGGUGUGGACUUCCUCGGGGGCCCCCUGGGCGCCACGGCCCAAGGUGGCAGUGCGAUCGAGCAGAGCUGUGGCACGGAUUUUCUUGGCGGCCCCAUCUGGACGGUGCCGCAAGCGCAUGCAUAUCCUAGUGCCAGUGUGGAUCAUGUGCAGCCUGUGCAGCAAUCCCUUCCGUGCCUCCCGGUGUGUGUGCAAUUUGGGCUUCCUGCUCUCCAGCGCUGCUUUGCAUUCCUGCAAGGUGUCCGUGUGGGUGAGGCAAAGCACCCGGGCCGCCGGGCCCCUGCAGGCGAGCCGAUGCUUUGUGUGUGCCACGACUGGAAGAGGGGAUGCCGCCUGGGUGAGGCCUCUCACCCUGGGCCUGGUUUCAACCUUGACCUUGGCAACCUUGGGGAUAGCCUUGGCGAUAGCAUCAUGAAGUCGAUCAAGGAGCAGAUCCAGAAGGCAGUUGACGAGGCAGUAAAGCAGGCCCUGGCGUCGCUCAAUCUCGGCCGGGGCUUGGCUGCUGCCCGGCCGUCCGGCGAUCCAGACGUGCAGCUCGAGCCAAAGGGCAGGCGCAAGAGGAAACGUAAGGCCAAGCAGGCCACGAGCCACCCAGGUGGCAACCCCGACGUUUCGGGCGGCGAGUGUGCAGGUGGCCGCCAGAGCGCAGCCAAAGGCAAGGGCAAGCCUGAAGACAAGUCUGGCCCAGCCAAGGUGGCCCAGCGCGGUGGCCCAGGCGACUCAGGUCAACGCCGGGGCAAGGGCAAGGGCGGCUGUGGUGAGGCAGGCGGGCAGGAAGCCGGUGAUGGCUGGCAGAUCGUCCGGCGCAAGGCUCCGGAAGGCGCCUUCAAGCUUCGAAAAUCUGAUUGGGACGCUCCGGUCGUCGAGUACGCUGCCCUAGCUGAGUUCAUUGACAAGGCUGAUGCCAGCAAGGUCCUCGAACUGGUAGUCUUUGUUUCGGCCGACCAGGUCACGCUUGCUACGAACAUUCUGCGGGGGAGCGGGCUGAGCUUCAAGGCCCUGCUUGUUUUCCUAUCCAAGGAUGAGGAGGCCCAGCGCAUCCCGGGCACCAUUGGGGAUCGCCUGGUCUUCAGGACUGCUAAGGUCCAGAAGCUCACGUCUGCAGGUGCCAGUGGCCAUGCUCCGCAGCCCACCGGCCUGAGCCAAACGUCCAUCAAGAUCAAACCCACUGAAAGUGCAGUCGUCUACUUUAAGGUGCCAAAGCAGUUCGCCUCAGCCGACACUUGGAAGGCUUUCGGGGGCAACGCCUCCAAGGCCGCUGUAGACUGGGUCGCGGCCCAAAGGAUCAAGGUGCUCGACACUUUUGCCUGGGUCCUGGAAAAGCAGCGCAACGACACUCAUGAGCAGUACUUUGGCAUUGUUCGCAUUCCGAAGGCAGACAUUGAGGGCAUCCUAGCCCACUCUGGCAAGGACGGUGUCUUCGUGGAUGCCGCUCGCACCUCAGGGCCCCGGGCGAAGCUCCAAUGGAUCGAGAAGCUCCCCGGCGAGAAGGUGGACGCCUACUUUGAACGUGCCCUGCGCCAGGCUUCCAGCCUGGGUUUGGUCGUCAAUGGGGGGCGAUUGGCGUGGCGAAGUGCCAUGGCAGCUGGAGAAGCAACGGUGCGCAUCUGGCACAUCGAUGGUGUGCCCCACGAGUGGGAUGCGGAUGCCGUCGGCCAGCUCUUGGCCACACGCUUCACUGAGUACACCAUCCUGUCGCAUCGGCGCACUCGCCUCGGGUCCUGCUUUCGCUUCCGCGGGCAACCUGGAACCGCAGACACGGACCUGGUGCCGUUCGUCGUCGAGCAUCAGGAGAAGCCCUUGUCCUUGUGGGCAACGCUGGCACCUUUCCGUGUCGUCUCCAAGAAGCAGAAGCCUCUCGCCUCGAAGGCCGUCCCGGUCGUUGCUCUCGAGCAGCCUGUCGUUGCCACCAUUGUCAAACCUCCCACGGGGGAGCUGGCUACGGGCGAGGACGGCAAGGAAGUGCCCCAGCAGAAACGUGUCAAGCAGGAGGUGCGCACCAAGCCAGGUGACCUCCAGCUUAAGGCAUGCCCUCGUGACGGAGCCUGCGUGCUGCACGCAAUAAGCCUCGGCCUUCAAUGGCUUGGUGACUCUCGGCCCAAUCACCCGCGCAUGCUCCGUGCGCAAAUGGUCGAACACAUGCGCCGGCAUGUCACCCAGUACGAGAAGGAAUGGGACGGCAAAGGGCCGGACAGUGAGCCGGUCAAGGACCGGGACUUUUCGGCCUACCUCACUCUUAUGGAGAAGGAGGGGGCAUACUGCUCGGAUGUCGAGCUGAGGGCCCUGGGCCGUGUGCUGGACAUCAAAAUCGUCGUGCUGCCGGCGGGCCUCAACUUUUCUCCUUACGCUUUUCAUAGCAAAGCUGCCAAGAUGCUGGUGUUGUGGUACGAGGAUAACCACGUAGAUCUCAUGCUCCCGCCUGAGGGUCACAAGAAGUAUCCCAGUGAGUAUGCCCAGAUCACAGCUGGACCCGUCUUUGGGCUGCGUGCAGGUGGCCGUGGGCCCCCAUCGGUCUUCACUGCCUCCUCUGCUGCCUGUGUUCGAUCCCAGCCUUCCUCUCAGUGGACCUCGGUCAUGGACGGCGAAGGGGCAAAAUCCCAGGCUCGCCCGGCAUCCGUCUGGACCACCUCGAUCCCGGCGAGCGCCUCGGGGAGUGCUGCGGGGCGGCCCUCGAUCGAAGCCCAGCCCUCUUUGCAAGGUAGGCGGCCCAGGUCACAGGUUUCACAGGCAAGGUCUUCAGGCAGCCGGGUGCCGUCGCAGGCAAAGGUGCAGGCCCUUUCCCGGCCGGGCCCACUCAGUGCCAGGUGCAAGGCAAAGGCAUUGCAUGGUUCCCAGACCAAGCCCAGGGGCGAGCCACAGGCGAGGUCAUCACAGGCCACGGCCCAGGCAAGGCCCUCAGGCACCAAGCGCAAGGCGGUAGAGCUGUGCACUUCGUCCGUCUUCACCUGCACCUCUACUGGCACUAUCGAGGCCUUCGAUGAAUCCGAGUUUGAGCGAGCUCGUGUGCCCCCGAAGCGCUGUCCCUGGCUGGCCCAUGCCACGGCACCGGCUGACCUCACCUUUCGGUGCAACUUGUGCCCCUACAAGCGCAAGGCCACGAGCAACCACCAGUACUACCACAUCCGCCACAACCACUACCAGCGUGCCCAUGAGGGGCAGGGCCUGCAGCCGGACAUCGGGCGACCCAAGCUUACGCGGGUCUGCGGCCCAAGGGCUCAGUUCAUCUGGUGUUGCCCUUUCUGCAACAAGGGCAUUACGCACGAGACUCGGAAGGACCUUUCUCGAUUCUCCUACUAUGCCCUGCGCAACCAGCAUCGUGCACAGGCCCACCCCGAGGUCUCCAAGGCUGAGUGGCAGCGUCUUGCGGCACUCCCGCAAACCGGGCCCAAGGAUCGCCAGGUGCAUGCCAAAGGGUGCCGCCAGCGCAACCUCACCAAGGCCGUGUUCGCUCAAGUCAGGACCCCUCGCUUUGGGGACCAGAUGCAGCUCUUUGUGUGGCCUCGAGCCAGGUGUGAGAAACGCAGCACCCGGGUCAAGCAUGUCCUCCUUGAGCAUGGUUGGAAGUGCCUCCGGUGCGGUGAGUGCACCAGGGACCUGGCUGCCGCCAAGCAGCAUAGCGAGGGUGCUCCGUGCUGCCGCGGCUGCCAAGCUUGCCAUCUCCAUGCGAAUCCCCUCCUCGCCGUGUUCAUCAAGCUUUUGAGCAUCAAUGCGAACCGAACGGCCAUCUCCAAAGUGAACCUGUGUGCCGACUUCCUCCAGUCGUGUGGGGCUGAGCUCUUGUCUCUUCAGGAGGCUGACAUCAACCCUUUGUCGGCCCAGGGUUUUGGUGAGCGCUGGCGUGCCCAUGGCUAUCGGGCUGUUCUCAGCGACAUUGAUGCUGCCAAGGGUGUGCAUAGGGUGGCACUGGUCGCUUCCCUCCCCAUGCAUCGUGUGAACCUUAAGCUUCCUCCGCAUGUGGCUGCGCGCUGUGCUGCAGGUGCUUUUGAGAUGCAGGCUGCUGGCAGCAAGUGCAUCACCCUUGUGGUAGCCUUCUACGGCUUCCCUGGUCAGCCAGCCGCCACAGCCCAGGCCUUAGGUGAGGUUAGGCGUGCAACUGCGACCUUCGGCGGCCCCUACAUCUUGCUCGGCGAUUUCAAUGUUGACCAGUCUGAGCAAGCUGUAGUGCAGCUGUUGUGCGAUGGCGAGCUCCGGUCUCUGGAUGAGGCGGACUGGACCCAAGCCGGCCCAACAAAUCCCACGCGCACCCGGCGCAUUGAUUUUGGCCUGGCCCAUUGGUCAAUCAUUGCGACGGCUGUCAAGCAGUUCGAGCGCCCGGACCUUUCGGACCACGGGUGCGUCUUCUACGAAACGCGGUGCCUGAGCCGUGCCGACAGCUUCUCCAUGCCUAAGUUUCGUGAGCUCCCUGCCACGGCCACUGAAGACAUCCUGUCUAACUUUGGUAGGGUCUGGGAUGCCGCACACUUUGAGAGUUCUAUUGCAGGUGGGGCUCUUGAUGAAGCCUGGGCUUUCUUGUCAGACGUGGCCGAGCGCACGCUGGGUGCCACUUCGCUCUUCGAUGCCUCCGGUGCCCGCAGGAGCGACCACUGGCUCCCUUGUGCCCGCCCCGAGUCUCACCAUCGUGUCGGCCCCCAGGGUCAUGAGUCCCAGUCCCUCCGUUCAUCUCGCAAGUUGCUUGGGCAAUUGCACCAACUGCGGCAACAGCCCCACUGUCAGAAGCUGUGGCGUGCGGUGGGCCGCCGGGCUGGGCUCCUGCGUGCCACUUUCCCCGACCUCCCUGUGAUACAUGCUGCCAACCUUGCAGGUGCCACCCAGGUGAUCUCUCAUUUGCAUGCCGAGCUUCAGCAGCAGGAGACGGAGGCCAGAGUGCACAGGUGGCGUCGCCGUGUUGAGGAGGAUCCCUCUCGUGCCCUCGCCUGGGUCAAGCGCAAAGCUGACCAUCAGUUGGCCAUGGAGCAAUCUCCUCAGGCACCUGCUGGUGUCCCUUCCUCUGUUCACCCUGCCUCUAUUGUCGAGGAGCAUGGUAAAGUGUGGCUGCAGCACUGGAAGCCGGAGUCCCCUGUCAACUUCGAUGCCGUGCAGCGCAUCCUUGACCGUGUCCCGGGCGGGCCGCAAUCGGACAUUGUGCUCCAGGUCGAGGCUGAGGCUCUGAUACGGGCCACCAAGGCAAUGCGGGGGAAAGCGAUGGGCCCUGACCGAUGGCCAGCGGAGCUUCUGCUCCGCCUCCCAGUGCAGUGGUGGGAAGCGGCGGCCACUCUGUGGAAUGCGGUGCUCUCCACGAAGUACGUCCCUCGACUCUGGCGCCGGGCACUGAUUGCCCUGGUGCCGAAGCGCCUGGAUGAAUACCGACCGAUCGCCUUGUGCCCUGUCAUCUGGCGAGCGGGUGCCCACUGCAUCUCUCGCAAUGUGCUGCCGUGGAUGGACAUAUGGCUGGGCCACCACACCUUGGGCGGUGCACCAUGUCGAGGCCCGGGCGACGCUCAUGCCCGGCUUUUUCAUGCGUGGCAGAGCGGCGGCAAAGUCUUUUGCCAGCAGGACCUCACGCGGUUCUUCGACUCUCUUGAUGUCAAGGCGGUGGGUAUGGUGCUCCGGCACCUUGGUGCUCCUGCUGGCCUCGCUGAGCUCUUAGCCUCCUUCUACCAGGAUGCCUCGAGGCUUUUUCUGCACGAGGGCCGGUCCAGCAGUGCAUGGGGCAGCCCGGCGCGGGGCCUGGCGCAGGGAUGCCCACUCUCUCCAAUGGCCGCGGUUGCGGUCGGCCAUAUCUGGGCCAUGUGGGUCCAGUCCUUUGCCAAGGGACGCACCGACUGCCUCAUCUUUAUAGACGACCGGGUGUUGUGGCCUUCCUGCACGUGUGCGGACCCUCUUGGGGCAAUGGAUGUGGCAUUGAGGGCUUCUGACUCCUUCGACCAAGCCUUCGGUUUCCAGUGCCGUGCCAGCAAGUGUGCUGUAGUGUGUCCACCCGAUGUCGGGACUUUCGAUCAGUGGGCCAGUGCCAGGAGCUACCCACGCGUGACUACUUUAAAGGUGCUGGGCAUCACCCUCGACGUGCAGGAGGGUGCCCUGGGGCUCCUUAAGUUCAGCCCGCGCCUACUCUUGCAUCGCCUUCGCUUCCUCAAGCUCCUGGGAGGGGAGGUGCCCCAGCUCCGUCGCAUCGUGCUGCAGCUGGUCCACUCGGCCAUGUUUUGGGCUGGUGGUGCCGCCUGCCCGGACCGCGACUGCUUGCGCGACGUCUGGCACUCCACUUGUGCUGUCCUGCAAAAGCACGCCACCUUCGAGUCUCCUAAAGUCUUGCUGUGUGCCUCUUUUGGCUGGAUGUUGGACCCUGAAUGGGCGGCGGACUGGGCAUCCCUGCGGGCUGCCUGGCGUUUCAAGGCUCGGCCCCCGGCAUGGCUCGACACGGCUGGGCUCGAUGUUGCUUGUGGUGACUGGCGUCGCUUCCUCCCUGGUGCGGCGGCGGUUGUGCAGAGGUUAGGCUGGCAGGUCCAUGGCAACGGCGCCACCCUGGCGCGCCUCGACGAUUCCGGUACCCUCCGUCAGUGCCACCUUGGCUGGGAAUCCUUUGAUGUGGUCAAGCGCUGGCUUGUGGACCACUACAAGUGGCAGGGCGUGCAUUCGUGUGGGCGGAUCCGCAAUCGUGGCCACCGCGAUGAUGCAACGUUGGCCCGUGGUCUCAGCCUGGGGGCCCCACUCCGCAGUGCCCGGUUUGCACUUGAAGGCCACCGACUCGCAGUUGCGGCUGAGCCUACACGUGAAGUUCGCCUUGCAGCACUGGGCUCGGGCGGCUCCAUCUGGUACCACUGCAAACGGCUGGAGAUGAGCUCACCCGACACCACGGCGUGUGUGUGUGGCCUCUUGCAGCCCAGCCGAGCGCAUCUCACCUGGUGUUGCUCCUCAACGACGGGAGUGCGGCAAGGUCUCGCACCUCCUACCACCCGUGCUGGUGAACGGCUCUUUGCGGCCGAAAUCACUGAGUACCCUGCAGCUCCUGCAGCUUCGGACUUUGAAAACACCCUUCAGAGCAUUGUGGCGCAUCUUCGCAACUUCGCUACUGUGGGCGAGCGUCUGCUCAUCGCGACCGAUGGCAGUGCUAAGUUUGAUGUCGGCGGCUGUGCCGUGAUCUUCGGAAGCGGCGAUGGCACCUUCGUCUUCGGUGAUGCCUGUGAGGACCAGUCGGCUUUCCGAUGUGAGCUCCUCACUUUGACGACCCUCUUCGAGGCGAUCUCUCGUGCGCAGUUGGCCCCAGGCUGUCAGGUUGGCAUCCUGGUGGAUUGCAGCUCUGCUCUUCAGGCUGUGGCUCAACCUGAGGCGUGCUCCAUGCCUCUUUUGGCUCACAAGGCUGCGAGGCUACUCCGUGAUGUGCGUACCGGUGGCUUGGACCUGAAGCUUUCGUGGACUCCUGCACAUGGUCGGCGGCCCAACUGGACUGCUCCCUGGGGCCUAACGGCCGACCGCUGCAGGGACCUCAACGACCGGGCCGAUGCGGCUGCCAACAGCAUUCGCGAGCACCGGGCUCGUGGAUCGGGCAGGGUGAGCUGGCAUGCAGAGCUUCAUCGUGCAGCGCUUUGGGAGCGGGGGGCCAUCUUGGCUUCUGCUGGUGCCUCCAAUGUCUUGGCGCAGCACCUUCGUGCGAGGCGGCCGGCUCGUAUCAUUCAAGAUGAUCCGUGCGCUGUGGGUGCUGAGCGGAAAAGGAUGAUGGAUUUGGCGGCCAUGGAGGCCGCGACGUCGAGUACUCAGCUGACCCUACCUGUCAGCUACAGAAAGUUCAGGGGAGUUGCACCGCGCAACUAUGUUCUCAAAGCUAUGCUUGAGGGUGAGCAUGCUUCUAUCGAAGACUUCCUGGAAAGGCUCAAUGAGGAUGCCAGUGCAGUUGUGGGAUCGGCUGUGCUUGUGGAUGAGCUCUUUCGUGUACGUGAAGCCCUCGUUCUUCUCUGGACCGAGCAGCUGACAAAGCGGUGUGAUGGCGACCCCCCUUGGGUGGAGCGCCUCCAGGCGAUGGGACAUUUCCCAAGCACUACCCUGUGGUUUGCUGACGGGGACUUUGGCCUUGCUCCGGCGGAGGCCUAUCGCCAGCGGGGCAGCCGGGAGCAAGUGGCAGCAGCGCUGCCGCCUUCUGGUGGGCGACCUGGUGCUGGUGCGGACGCUGAGCUGGUGACGCAGCCGGCUGCUGGCGAGAUUGAGGAGGAUGCGGAGCUGGCUGGGCCUCCCGAAGUGGAGGCGACCAACCAUGGCGACGCUGCUCUUCCUUGGCAGCCGGACAAAGAGCCACCUAGCCCGGCCUCUCCCUGCCUCCUUGGUAACAUGUUUUCCCAGACCGGCCCGUUCGGGGCCCCCUCCGAGAGUGUGGACUUCCUCGGGGGCCCCCUGGGCGCCACGGCCCAAGGUGGCAGUGUGAUUGAGCAGAGCUGUGGCACGGAUUUUCUUGGCGGCCCCAUCUGGACGGUGCCGCAAGCGCAUGCAUAUCCUAGUGCCAGUGUGGAUCAUGUGCAGCCUGUGCAGAAAUCCCUUCCGCCCACCAGCAGUGAUUACCUGGAACUGGUGCUGGAUGCCAUCCCCCUUUUUUUUUUGGGUUCUAGGUCCUCCGCGACGCCAGCAGCCGGCCCCGGCCGCCGGGCCCCUGCAGGCGAGCCGAUGCUUUGUGUGUGCCACGACUGGAAGAGGGGAUGCCGCCUGGGUGAGGCCUCUCACCCUGGGCCUGGUUUCAACCUUGACCUUGGCAACCUUGGGGAUAGCCUUGGCGAUAGCAUCAUGAAGUCGAUCAAGGAGCAGAUCCAGAAGGCAGUUGACGAGGCAGUAAAGCAGGCCCUGGCGUCGCUCAAUCUCGGCCGGGGCUUGGCUGCUGCCCGGCCGUCCGGCGAUCCAGACGUGCAGCUCGAGCCAAAGGGUGGCCGCCAGAGCGCAGCCAAAGGCAAGGGCAAGCCUGAAGACAAGUCUGGCCCAGCCAAGGUGGCCCAGCGCGGUGGCCCAGGCGACUCAGGUCAACGCCGGGGCAAGGGCAAGGGCGGCGGUGGUGAGGCAGGCGGGCAGGAAGCCGGUGAUGGCUGGCAGAUCGUCCGGCGCAAGGCUCCGGAAGGCGCCUUCAAGCUUCGAAAAUCUGAUUGGGACGCUCCGGUCGUCGAGUACGCUGCCCUAGCUGAGUUCAUUGACAAGGCUGAUGCCAGCAAGGUCCUCGAACUUGUAGUCUUUGUUUCGGCCGACCAGGUCACGCUUGCUACGAACAUUCUGCGGGGGAGCGGGCUGAGCUUCAAGGCCCUGCUUGUUUUCCUAUCCAAGGAUGAGGAGGCCCAGCGCAUUCCGGGCACCAUUGGGGAUCGCCUGGUCUUCAGGACUGCUAAGGUCCAGAAGCUCACGUCUGCAGGUGCCAGUGGCCAUGCUCCGCAGCCCACCGGCCUGAGCCAAACGUCCAUCAAGAUCAAACCCACUGAAAGUGCAGUCGUCUACUUUAAGGUGCCAAAGCAGUUCGCCUCAGCCGACACUUGGAAGGCUUUCGGGGGCAACGCCUCCAAGGCCGCUGUAGACUGGGUCGCGGCCCAAAGGAUCAAGGUGCUCGACACUUUUGCCUGGGUCCUGGAAAAGCAGCGCAACGACACUCAUGAGCAGUACUUUGGCAUUGUUCGCAUUCCGAAGGCAGACAUCGAGGGCAUCCUGGCCCACUCUGCCCUGAGUCUGCUGUUUACCUAA